UAUGGAUCUUAGUGAAGUUUUCGUAAAACAACGAUGCACUAGUAACAUAUAACAUAUAUGUAAUAUUUAUUUGUGAAAUUUGUAUUUCUUAUCAUUAAAAUUAUGUUGAAAAUAAUUAAAGGACUUAGAAAAAUCAAUAAAAAUAUAGGAUUAGGAAAAUCCAAUAAUAAGAGGAUGAAAAAUGACAUUUUACCUGUAUUUAAAUACCCAAUCAGUAAGGUGGGUGAUCGCAGAGUAUAUGUUUGGGGUCUUGCAGAACAUGGGGCUUUAGGUACCAUUGAGAGAACAUUGAUAAAACAAGGCAUAGCUUAUCUUCCAGCACCAAGAAGAUUAACUUUUGCAGAAAGAUAUAAAGUAACAGAUAUUGCAUGUGGUUAUGGUUUUACAGCUUUUGCAGUAAAAUCUUCAGAUAAAAAUAUCAUUUAUGGCAGUGGAAUAAACACUGAUUCUCAACUUGGUUUUCAAGAAGCAAAUAAUAUUUAUUUAGAUGUAGUAACUUCACCAAGGCCAAUAAAUCUGCCACUUAAAAAUUCAACAGCUGAAGUUAUAAGUGUAGCUGCUGGAAGGGCACAUUUAUUAAUAUUAACAAACGAAGGACUUUUUACAUUAGGCAAUAAUGGAUAUGGUCAAUGUGGUAGACCAAUUAUAAUGAAUGAAAAUUAUAAUCGUAGUAAUGUAGUUCAUCAUAUACCUAGUAUAAGAGGAAAUCGAAUAACUGCUGUUACAGCUGGUCAAGAUCACAGCAUACUUUUAACAGAAUCUGGUGAAGUAUAUACAUUUGGUUGGGGUGCUGAUGGACAAACUGGCUUAGCACAUUAUCGAAAUGAACAUCAACCAAGUUUGGUUAAAGGAGAUUUAGCAGGACAACACAUAAUCAAAGUUGCUUGUGUUGCAGAUUGUGUAUUGGCUCUUAGUGAUAAGGGAAAAGUUUUUGGAUGGGGUAAUUCAGAAUAUGGACAAUUACUAAUGGACAGUGACAAUUAUCAAGUAAACAUUGCUACAGAAUUGAAUAUACCUAAGGAAAUAGGACAUAUUGUUGACAUUGCUACUGGAGGCUGUUUCUGUAUGAUAUUAAAUUCUGAAGGAGAUGUUUAUGUAUGGGGAUAUGGUAUUCUUGGUCUUGGACCAAAAGUAGAGAGGGUUUUAAAACCCACUUUACUUCCAUCCACAUUAUUCGGUAACAAUGCAUAUUCACGUAAUACCAAGGUUUCAAAUAUAUAUUGUGGAAUAAGUCAUUUAGCAGCGAUAACAAAUACAGGAGAUUUAUACAUGUGGGGAUGUAAUAAAUUUGGAUCCUUAGGAAUAAGUCAUCAAAAUGAUCAAUUUUUUCCUUUCAAGGUUUCUGUAGGAGCUCAAGUAAAAAAGGUUGCCUGUGGAAUUGAUCACACAGUAGCACUUUGCAAGCCCUUCAUCUAAAGGUACAUUAUUAAUAUUGUUUUUUUUUUUUUUUUUAUUAAGUAACAAUUUAUUUAUUUUUGGUACAAAAUUUUCACAAUAAUUUUUUUUAAAUAUAUCUGUACAUAUGCUUGUAAUAUAAACUUUCAAUAUAA